AUGGGUUGGGGGGGGGUGUUGUUGGGGUUUGGGAAAUUGAUGGUUAGGGUGUGUUUAGGGGGUGGGGUUUGGGAAUUUGUGGGGUUGGGUGGGGGGUUGGGUGGGUUGGUGGGGGGUUGGUGUGGUUGGUGUGGUUUGGUUUGUGUGAGGUUGGGUGGUUGUGGUGUGGUGUGGUGUGGUAGUGGGGGGGUUUGGGAUAGGGGGGUUGGUGGGUUAGUGUUUGGGUGGGUGGGUGGGUGGGGGGUUGGGGGGGGGGGUUGUGUGGGGGGGGGUUGGGGGGAUGGGGGGGGGGGGGGGGGUGGGGGGAGGGUGGUUUUGGAGGGAUGGGGUUGUAUGGGGGGGGGGGGGGUUGAUGGGUUGUUUAUUGGGGGGUUGGGUGGUUGGGGGUGGAUAGGGGGGGGGGGGGGGGGAUUGGUGGUGUGGUAUGAGGAAUGA